AUGUGCUCAGCUUGUGAACAAGGAAAACAAACCAAGUCCUCUUUCAAACCCAAGUCAUGUUCCAGUAUAUCAGUCCCUCUUUAUCUACUCCACAUGGACCUGUUUGGACCUAUUCUUGUUCGUUCACUAGGUGGAAAUAAGUAUACUCUAGUGGUUGUUGAUGAGCAAUGUGUUGAAGAAUCCAUUCAUGUGAAGUUUGAUGAGGAAUCAUACACUGAUGAAAAAAUCACUCAUUCUCCUUCUAUCUUUCAAGAGCUUCUCUCUUGUCCAUUCGAUGAAGCACCUUCUGCUGAAGAUAAGACUGAUUCCUCUGAUCCUAUCAUUCCAGUUCCAUGUUCCUUGAAUCAAGAUAUUGCAGCCACAUCAGCAGAUAAUUCAUUAAGUGCUGAUGAAACCCUUGAAGCUGAAGAUUCUCCUGAAACUGAUAAUGUGUCAGUGUCUAUCUCUCCGGAAUCAGCAUCGGUCUUUGAACAUCGAGAUCAUCCUAUUGAUCGAAUUAUAGGGAAUAUUCAUGAUGGUGUCCGAACCAGAUCUAGUGCACUUAAUAACUUUUGCAUAGUCGUUCCUGCCCCAAACUCUCCUCCACUUCCAAUUCACAUCAAGGUAACCAAUGUCGUCUUCAACCCUGACAUUCCAGAGGUUCAUCGAGGUCUUGGACUCGAUGAUUUCGUCAAUUUCUUAGCUUCUUGCCUCCUUCGAUAUGCAAUCAGUGAUGUACCGUCCGAGUUCUUCCCUGAACAAGUAUGUGAGUUUUACUAUACUGCAAUAGUUAAUGAAGAAAACAAUGCCAUCACCGGAACCAUUGGUCAUGGCAGACACUGUGUCUUCAUCACCGCAGAACUACUCAGUGCUGCUUUAAGGUUACCAAUUUUCGAACCCUUUUCUGAACCUCCAACUAUUGAAAAAUGUAAACGAAUAUUUGAUCAACUGGGCUAUGAUCAUUCAAAGGCUGGUACUCGAUCAGCUCUUAUUUUACGUCAAUGCAUGACCCCAGGCUGGAAGUUUUUCACUGGUGCUUUAUGCAAGUGUGUGGGUCACAAGUCUCGCAGUGGUGAUCAAUUGAGCAAUUAUGAGCAACAAGUCGUCUGCUCCCUUCUUCACAACAAAAGACUAGAUUAUGGGGCACUAUUCUUUGAUCAGCUUGUUCAGCUUCUACGUGCAAAUGUGUGUGCUGAUCAUGUUCCCUUUCCACGCUGGAUUGCCCUGGUGUUCGACAAAUUCUUCGCUGCUGACUACUUUUCUCACUCUGGGAAUCCAAUCCAAUGCCCUCGAAUGUCCGUUCGUAUGUAUCAGGAUGAUCCUUUGGAUACUGACAUUGGAAUCUCCAAUAGGAUGAGAGAAUGGAUUGCCAAUCCAUACAUUAUGCCUUCUGUCUCUGCUGACACUGAUGAAGAAGGUGCUGAUGGUAAUCAUAUGGAUCGUGUUGAUCAAGAGGUGGAACAUCAUGAUGGCGGCCAUUUCUCCCCUCAACUUUUUCAUCACCUUACCUCGGCCACUGGCAAUGCCUCCUCCGCACCACAGGAUUCCAUGCCUCUGGGGGGCAACCAUCACAGGGGGAACAUCAGUCUCAGGGGGAGCAUCCAUCACCAGCAGCUCACCACUUCUCUCCAAGGAUGCAACCUAGCUCUCCAGUUGCCCCAGCAUCUGCUUCGUAUUGAGGCUGAUGUUCAACAAAUCAAGGAAGUUCUCUUACUUACUCCUCCCUCUAGUCCAAAAUCUAAUGAUGUUCAAAAAGGGAGAGAUACUGAUAAUGAUAAUGAUGUUGAUGCUGAUGAUCAUGCUGAUGCAGCUAUUGAAAAAUUGUUUGAAGACAGUGAGCAUGAUGAAGAGCAUGAUGAACCUGAUGAUGAAUGUCAAAUUCUUGACAUGAACUUCAUUGAUCCUCUCAUUCCAGUUCAGCAAGAAAGCUUAGAUGACCUUGAAGAAUCUCAUCCGAUAUUAGCCGAUCCUAUUGCUGAUCCCAUCAUUCCGGUCCAAGGAGAGGAUUCGGACAUUGCCAGUGAAGAAUCUCAUCCGCUGUCUCGAAAGUGGAAGGUUUGUGGAUGGGCACGCCUUUCACAAACCCUAAUCGUCGCUUUGUGCACACGAUAA